AUGCGGAAAGAAAAGGGGGAUGAAGAUGAGAGGUCGGCCAAGAUUGGUGACGCAUUAAAAUUGGAAAGCGACCUUGAUCUGAUGUCCGUCGGCGGUUGGGGAGAGAAGAUAGGGCCGGGCGUCAUCAUGGCAUUUCCCAUGUACGAAGCCAGAACUCUUUUAGACGCCGAGGACGAGGACGAAGUCGUGAGAAGAUUCGCUAUUUUCUCGGAGGAGCGCUGCAGCCGCGAAACCCUCUCUCGACGAGGUGGAAAGCGUAAAGAUCCUCCCUGCGACGAAAUGAAGGCGCCGCGAUCCCGGUCACGGUACAAGCAACCACCGCUGGACGAGGACGACGAAAUGAAAGCGCCGCGAUCCCGGUCACGGUUUAAGCAACCACUGCUGAACAAGGACGACGAAAUGAAGGCGCCGCGAUCCCGGUCACGGUACAAGCAACCACCGCUGGACGAGGACGAUGAAAUGAAGGCGCCGCGAUCCCGGUCACGAUGCAAGCAACCACCGCUGAACGAGGACGACGAAAUGAAGGUGCCGCGAUCCCGGUCAUGGUACAAGCAACCACCGCUGGACGAGGACGACGAAAUGAAGGCGCCGCGAUCCCGGUCACGGUGCAAGCAACCACCGCUGAACGAGGACGACGAAAUGAAGGUGCCGCGAUCCCGGUCACGGUACAAGCAACCACCGCUGGACGAGGACGACGAAAUGAAGGCGCCGCGAUCCCGGUCACGGUGA